AUGUCGGGACACGAAACUGAGCCUCUUCUGGAUACGGAGCGCGGCACGCGCGCCGAGAUCGAAGGGCGCGUGCGCCGCGUCGCCCGCAAGGUGCACGACACCGUCCUCAAGCCGCUCGCCCACCCGGCGGUCUGGCGCCCCGUACUUUUGGUGCUCGCGGUGCUGAACCUGCUCGCGCUCCUCGCCCUCUUCUCCGGACGCAAGGAGCCCGGCGAGCAGGAGGACGUGCUUGACCACGUAUGCACGUCGCGCGACUGCGUCCAGGUCUCGUACGAGCUGCAGCACUCGAUGAAUCGCACCGUGGAUCCGUGCGACGAUUUCUACGAGUACUCGACCGGCGGCUGGCGCGCAAGCCACCCCAUCCCCAGCGACUCGGGCCUGUUUGGCAUCGGCCAGUUUGUGCUCGCGAACAACAACAAGGUGCUGCACAACAUCCUCCAGGGCGACGUCGAGCCGUCAAGCCGCGCUGAUAAGGAGAACCUCGCGAAGCUGCGCACGUUCUACGGCGCGUGCGUCGACACCAAGGGUCAGGACAAGGAGGGAGCGAAGCCGCUUUUGAACGAGCUCUUUGCGCUGCACAAGGAGCUGCACGCCUCGAAGGACUCGCUCACCGAUGCCGUCGCUUGGCUGCACGCCCGCGGCGUCAAUGUGCUCUUUGAGCCGGCCGUCGAGGGCGACCCCGGCCACGGGCCGCUGACUGCCACGCCGCAGAUCGCGCCGGGCGGCCUGAGCCUGCCGGACACGACGUACUACAGCGACAACGAGGUGCUUAGCCUCUACCGCAGCAUCCUCGUGCAGGGCGUCGAGGCGCUCGGCAAGGCCCUCCGCUCGCACAAGGCCAUGGAUGUCCUGGGUGGCGAGCCGGGCAAGAUUGCCGACGCCAUCAUUGACUUUGAGAAGAAGCUCGCCGAGAUUACCCCGGAUGUCGUCGAGCUGAGCGACCCCCUGAAGACGUACAACCCCAUGUCCGGCUCGCAGCUCCAGAAGCUUGCGCCGGCAAUCGACUGGGAUGCGUACCUGCACGAAAUGAGCACGUCGGGCGUGUCUCCCCACAAGGUCGUAGUCGCAAGCACGGCGUACGUCAAGAAGCUCGGCGCGCUGCUCGAAAGGACGCCCGCACGCACCGUGCGUGCCUACCUGUACUGGUCGGUGGUCCGCGAGUUUGGCCUCUUCCUCGGCCCCAACGUCGAUCUCGGCGAGCCCGCGCGCCGCCUCAACCGCUUCGCCAAUGGCCUCGACGAAGACGCGGAGGAGAACCGCGACACGACGUGUUUGGACGCGGUCAGCGCCGCGCUCGGCUACAUGUCCGGCCGCUUCUACGCCGAGGCGACGUUCGGCCCCGAGAGCAAGUCGCAGGUCGAGGAGCUGAUGGACACGAUCCGCCUCGCCUUCUUCCGCAAGCUCCAAAGGCUCCCGUGGCUCGACAACUCGACGCGCGAGACGGCGCGCCAAAAGGCCGAGGCGAUCGUCAUCAAGAUCGGCUACCCUUCCACGCCGAACUCGGAGAGCGCGUCGGCGAUCCGCGACUGGUACGCCUCGCUCCAGGUGGGCGGCUCUUACUUUGCGAACCAGGUCGCGGCGCACCGCUUCCUCGUUCACGAGGCCUGGUCGCACAUUGGCGGCUCGCUCAACACGGGCCUCAUUGGCGACCUGAUGCCGGCCGAGGUCAAUGCCGAGUACAAUGCCGCGCAGAACGAGAUCGUGUUCCCCGCCGGUCUGCUCCAGCCGCCGUACUUUGACCCGACGUGGCCAAUGUACCUGCAGUACGGCGCCUUUGGCACCACGGCCGGCCACGAACUGUCCCACGCCUUUGACCCGUCCGGUCGCCUCUUUGACAAGAACGGCUACCUGGACGACUGGUGGACGCCCGAGACUGCCAAGGCGUUUGAGGAGCGUCAGAGCUGCAUCGAGGAGCAGUACGGCAACUACACGAUCAGCGACGGCGAGGGACACGAGUACAAGCUCCAGAGCAAGUUUACCAUCGGCGAGGACGUCGCGGACGCGGGCGGCCUUGCGCAGAGCUACUCUGCGUGGAAGUACCGCGUGAAGCACGGCAACCCACAGGUGUGGAAGCGCAACCAGCGCCUGCCGGGCCUCACCGAGUUUACGCAGGAGCAGCUCUUCUUCCUCGCAUACGGCGCGGCGUGGGCGCGCAACAUCCGCCCCGGUGAGGCGAUCAAGCGCCUCAAGACUGACCCGCACGCGCCGACCAAGUACCGCGUCAAUGGAGCGCUGGUCAACUUCCCGCCGUUUGCCGAGGCCUUUGGCUGCAAGGCCGGCAAGGACGCCAUGGCCCUGCCCGCGGAGCAGCGCUGUGAGAUUUGGUAG